UAAAUGAAAAAAGAAAAGAUUUUCCAGGCCUGGGAGUCAUGAAAAAUAUUAUUUAAUAAAACAAGUCCCACUCUCUCUGUCUCUCUCUCUCUCUCUCUCUCUCUCGUGAAAAUGCCGAUGACAUCACUGUUUAAUUGACGUAACAAACCUACUUGCGUCAUAAUCAGAUUUUGGACGACAUUGUUCGUGCACAACCAAAACUUCAGGCUUAAGAUUUGUUUGUUAUCAUGGAAGUAAAAGGAGAAGAGAUAGUACGUAGCAUCCUCAACGAGGUCAUUUACAAGGUUUACAGCUAUUGUACUACUGAGUACAGCCACAGCGUUCCCAAAGAACAGAAAAAUAUGCCCCCUGCUUUACUCGGAGCUUCUGAUGACAAAAUAGAUUUAAUUGCAAAACGGGAUUUCUACGCGGAGCAGCAAAUAACGAUGAAAAAGAUAUAUCGCAGAGUUGCCCGGGAGACUGUGCGAGAUUUAAUUAUUCUUGCAGCAAAACAGGCUGCCGCAAGCCCAGACAAUGGACAGUUGGUGAAAACUUCACAGUUCCGAUUCGCGAAUUAUGACCAACAAAAGAGUGCAUACAUGUAUCAACAACGGAUGGACAAUAAGAAAGUGAAAAUACACAAGAAACUGCAGGUUAAAGUGACGAUUGGAUCAGAAAUUGUCCAAUACACCCUCAGAUCCCCGGUCAGUCGUGCAAAUGUUGCAGAAGGGAACAUGGAGAUAGAGAAAUCUUAUGAAGCCCAGAGGGAAAUAACUCCAAAGGCAUUAUAUAAAGCUGCAGAGAAAACUACGGAUGAUCCUAUGACCCGAACUUCACCUGACUGCAAUAUUCCUGGACCAGUUAUACAUGUAGUCGACAUACAUGAACAUAUACCUGCCAAUGUACAGUCUGAAGCAGAUGCAAGCCACAAAACAGAGGACGAUCCCGAGCCAAAAGGCUGGAGAAAAUUACUGUGUUGUGGCAAUCCACAGAAAAAACAGGCUAAAGAGAAGAGAAAGAAGUUGGGGUUGCUGAACAGACUGCGCCGAUUUUUUGCCCGUCGUUAAAUUGUCUGAAAUUUGGCCCUAAUUGAUUCUUAGCUUAUCAUUUUUGUGUCAGAAGAUAUUUGAAGAUAAUAUUUAAUUAAUUCAAAGAAUAUGUAUAUGAUUUCAUUUGGACGACUCACUUUCU